AUGCGACAGAGCGAGGAACGUGAGGAGGCAGAGCUGGCUCUGCUCUCCGGGAACGAAGACUCGGCCUCGAAUACCGACCUCGAUGACCUCGACGACCUUGAGGCCAAUCGCAAAGACGAACCGCCCGCGACAAGCAACGAGCCGGUCGAAUAUCAGACCCCCACAGCCACCAAAUUCAUCUGGGUCACCUGCUAUUUUGGAUUCAGCAUGGCGCUGACCAUCUACAACAAAUUGGUCCUGGGAUCGUUCAAAGCACCCUGGCUCUUGACAUGUCUACACACCUCAUUCAGUGCCUUGGGCACCUUCAUCAUGCUCCAGAUGGGAUACUUUAAGCUGUCCACUCUCGGGCGCCGGGAACAUUUGAUUCUCGUGCUCUUCUCCGUCCUCUUCACCACCAACAUCGCCAUGUCGAACUUGUCCCUCUCCCUCGUGUCACUCGCGUUCUUUCAGAUCAUCCGCAACAUGGUUCCUCUCUUCACCGUUCUGAUCUAUCGAGUGUGGUUCUCUCGGACCUAUGCGACCGGCACAUAUCUAUCGUUGAUCCCCAUCGUGGUCGGAGCGGGCAUGUGUACGGUUGGUGAUUACCGUGCCUCCGUCAUUGGUCUCCUCGUCUCUCUGUUGGGUGUCAUUCUUGCGGCAGUCAAGACGGUCACCACUAAUCGUAUCAUGACCGGCUCGCUGUCCAUGCCCUCCAUGGAACUCCUCUUCCGAAUGGCCCCUCUGGCUGCCGUGCAGUCUCUCUUCUUUGCGAUCAUCUCCGGGGAAAUCCCAAUCUUCUUACACGCCAUGUCCGAGCGCAAUACCGAUGGCUCUCUCGUCCGGACCCUGGUCACUGUCGCAUUCAUUGUCGGCAACGGACUCCUCGCCUUUGUGUUGAACAUUGCAUCCUUCCAGACCAACAAGAUCGCUGGUGCCCUCACCAUCACCGUGGCGGGAAACCUGAAACAGGCCAUCACGCUGGCGCUGGGGAUCAUUGUCUUUGCCGACUUUACCAUCAACGUGCUCAACGGUUUGGGCAUCUUCUUGGUGCUGGCGGGAUGCGCAUGCUUUAGCAAAGUCGAGCUGGAUUCGAAACGGCGAGCAGCGGCUAAAUAA